CUAGUAAGUGAAUGUAAGCACUAUAUUUCGUGGGAGCGGCUAUACGUAAAGUUUCGUAUGCGUGGGAUUUUGUUCGUAUAUUUGCUAUAUUUUGAAAUCAAAACGAUUCCUCUCUUCUCUAUUUCUUCCUAGACAUUUCCUUUGAUUUUCUAAUUCUGUUGAAUUUCGUAAAUUCAUUCGAGAUUUUGGAAAAACAUCGUUCAACAUGAAUACCAACGCUCGUCGACGAGGUGCAAAGGUCGCUCCAUCCCACUAUCCACGCGUCGCAUUCCAUGGGUUACGUUUUGCACAAUUAAUUUCAGCCGCGAUCGUGGGAGGAAUUAUGGCAUAUUUUAUGUAUUACCUGCGUAUGUAUAUGCAGCAAUUUUCAGAUCGAGAUGGCGAGACGUUGGAUAAAUGCAUGCUGACAUGCGUUUAGGUGCUGAGCGAUUCCCGAUUCCAUGGACUUUCAUUGUGCUACUUUCGAUAUCACUCGCAAUGGUCGCAGUCUUGACGCUUACGAUCAUUAUUUACAAUUUCACCUAUCUUUCGCCCAAAUUCAAUUGUUUGCUUAAUGGCACCGCGUCUAUUUUUUGGAUGUUGGGUUUGGGAUUGUUGAGUUGGAGUCUCAGUAAUACAUUGAAGAAGAGUUGUGACGUGCAGACUUGGAGAAGCAGCACAGCAGUCGGUGUCUGCAGGGAAUACAAGAGUCUAUGGACAUUUACACUGAUUGGUACGAUGUCUACGUUGGCCGCGCUGGGUUUGGAUAUUUGGACACAUAUGAAGACUAUAAAAAGGGGUAUCUAUGUUAUGCCCGAGGAUGAUAAGAAUGCGGCUAUGUUGAAGCAGAUGAAUGUUGGAAACAAUAAGGCUAAGGGUUAUGAACCCAGUCGCGGAGGGGCUUUUGAGGAGGAACUCGAUAUUGCUUACCAUAACCGUUAUGGUGAUGAUGCGAUGGAGAGCGUGGGAUAUCACGACAGAGUACUUGACAAAUAGCUGUGGAGGUGAGAUUAGGCUGUAACGAGGAUGGCCAAGUUAGGAAAGAGUGUGAACCUAACACAGCGUGCUUCAUGAAUUUCAAUCACAUACCCCAGAAAUACUUUCAUGUUGGUGAGAUUGCGUGACCCUGGUUAAUGGGGUCCCUCGUAAAACAAGGGUUGAACAGUUUGUCGUCAAGUAGUACGGCCGGCUCUCAAGAAUA